CUCCCUCCCUCCCUCCCUUUCUCUCUCUCCCUCUCACACACCUCCAAGCCACAAAACCCCCCACAGCAAUCAUGUAUUCUCCUCUCUGUCUUACCCAGGAUGAAUUUCAUCCCUUCAUUGAAGCACUUCUUCCCCACGUCCGAGCGUUUGCAUACACAUGGUUCAACCUACAAGCUCGAAAGCGAAAAUACUUUAAAAAACAUGAGAAACGCAUGUCAAAAGAGGAAGAGAGAGCUGUGAAGGAUGAAUUGCUAAGUGAAAAACCUGAGGUCAAACAAAAAUGGGCAUCUAGACUUCUGGCAAAGCUACGGAAAGACAUCAGGCCUGAGUACCGGGAGGAUUUUGUUCUAACUGUCACAGGGAAAAAACCUCCAUGUUGUGUUCUUUCCAAUCCAGACCAGAAGGGCAAGAUGAGAAGAAUUGACUGCUUACGCCAGGCAGAUAAGGUCUGGAGGCUGGACCUUGUUAUGGUGAUUUUAUUUAAAGGUAUUCCGCUUGAAAGUACUGAUGGCGAACGCCUUGUAAAGUCCCCACAAUGCUCAAACCCAGGGCUGUGUGUACAGCCACAUCAUAUAGGGGUUUCUGUUAAGGAACUCGAUUUAUAUUUGGCAUACUUUGUGCACGCAGCAGAUUCAAGUCAGUCUGAAAGUCCAAGCCAGCCAAGUGAAGCUGAUAUUAAGGACCAGCCAGAAAAUGGACAUUUGGGCUUCCAAGACAGUUUUGUCACAUCAGGCGUUUUCAGUGUGACUGAGCUAGUAAGAGUCUCACAAACGCCAAUAGCUGCAGGAACAGGCCCUAAUUUCUCACUCUCAGAUUUGGAAAGUUCCUCAUACUAUAGCAUGAGCCCAGGAGCAAUGAGGAGAUCUUUACCAAGCACCUCCUCCACCAGCUCUACAAAGCGCCUCAAAUCUGUAGAGGAUGAAAUGGACAGUCCUGGUGAAGAGCCAUUUUAUACAAGCCAGGGGCGGUCUCCAGGAAGUGGCAGUCAGUCGAGUGGAUGGCAUGAAGUGGAACCAGGAAUGCCAUCACCAACUACAUUAAAGAAGUCAGAGAAGUCUGGUUUCAGCAGCCCCUCGCCUUCGCAGACCUCUUCCCUUGGAACAGCAUUCACACAGCAUCAUCGACCUGUUAUUACAGGACCCAGAGCAAGUCCACAUGCAACACCAUCGACUCUUCAUUUUCCAACAUCACCCAUCAUUCAACAGCCUGGGCCAUACUUCUCUCACCCAGCAAUCCGCUAUCAUCCUCAGGAGACUUUGAAAGAGUUUGUCCAACUUGUCUGCCCCGACGCUGGUCAGCAGGCUGGACAGGUGGGGUUCCUAAAUCCCAAUGGCAGCAGCCAAGGCAAGGUGCACAAUCCAUUCCUUCCUACUCCAAUGUUGCCACCACCACCUCCGCCACCAAUGGCCAGGCCUGUGCCUCUGCCAGUGCCAGACACAAAGCCUCCCACCACGUCGACAGAUGGAGGUGCCAGCUCUCCCACUUCACCAACCUACUCGACACCCAGCACCUCCCCUGCAAACCGAUUCGUCAGUGUUGGACCACGGGAUCCAAGCUUUGUAAAUAUCCCUCAACAGACACAGUCCUGGUACCUGGGAUAAAACUCACAGCUUCCUACCAUCCACCAGACAGACCACCUGACCCCUUCCCAACUCUGUAACGUGGAAGCAGCAGCAACACAGUGCAGUUACUUCGCCUAUGUGGAAGGGGAGAGGAACAGAUACUGACAGCAAACAACUCCUCAUAUUCAGAAAUGGCAAACGUUAUGGUUUAUUGACAAAGACCAUAACAUUGUAGACAGGGAGGGGGAUUUUUGUUUUUAAAAAAGAACACCUUAGUGACCGAUGUAAUUUCUCAUAUGGUGCUGGAAAAGUUUGGUCUUCAUUCUUUUUGAAGUGUUUCAGUUGGUAGUGUAAGCAUUAGGGACGCUGGGUUGCAGAGCUAGCCUGCCGGCUACUUACUGACUUGCUGUUAUAACCCUUUCCAUACAGCGCCUAACUGUUUUACAGUAAUUUCACUGAUUUGUUUUCCAUUAAAGUGUGAGACCUCUUGAGAGAUCAUUCACACACACACACAUGAUAACUUUUGUAGUAGCUGAAUUCUGCAAUAUAGAACUUACAGGACAGACAUAGGGCAUGUUUUUCUGUAACAUAUCAGGUUUUUUUUUAAUUUUACAGUCAGCAGUUAUAUAUGUCACAUGAAUCAUAAGAGCAUUAUCAACAGGUUGAUUUUCACUCAAGUUGCAGAGAAAUUUAAAACAUCAACCUACUGCUGUUUGCGCAAAAAGAAAAAAAGGUUUAAAUGCUGCACUUACAUAAAACACUUUUGAUGAUUUUCAACAAUGACAUAAAAUUCACAUGGAAAUGGGGAAGUUGGUCUGUUUUGAUAGAAACUGACAGGAAUCAAUCAAAACAAUCAAAUUUUGAAUUGAAAAAAGUGCAAUUUCAUUGGAUAGCUAAAUAUCUUUGUAAGAUAGAGAUUGUUGAAAAUUCUAUUUUUGUUUUCCAAGUCCUACCACCCCAGGACUCUAAACUAUUGGGGUAAAAACAGCCUUGCAAGAAAAAAGGGGGAGCUAUUUUUGCUUUUUAUGUUUUUUAUUGUUAAACUUGUAUCCCUUUAAAACUGAAGGAAACUUAAAAAAAAACACUAAAUUUAAUGGUGCUUUUACCACAAUAUGUUAUCUACAUUAAAUGCUAAGUAAUCAUUUUCUGUUAUCAAAGCACAUAAUUAAAAUUAAAUCAUAAUAUCUGUUAAUUUUAUAAGCUAAAAGUCUCUAUAAUAGAUUAUGUCAAUUCUGACAAAUUGUAUGUGUUUCCAGCAAUAUAAGGUAUAUCACUUCUCAAAACAUCUUGGCCACAACCCGACACAGAGGUAGGCAUGCCUAAGCCCACUGCAACGUCUGGCUUUAAGCACGCCUCACCUAAUAUUGGAUCGUGGCCCUUGAGAAAAUAAGCGAGAGCUGUCCAGAAAGUAAAACGCCUUUGUAUCCCUGAACUGGCAUUUUUUUUCUGGACUGCAAAGGCAAUUAUACAAAAGCAAAAAGUUGAUUCUACAUCUUAUGCCAGUUCAAAGCAAGGGCACUUGCUGAAAAAAGGAAGUUUGGACCCCAAAUGUCCUGUAUCUUAUGUACAAAAAAAGAAAAAAAGAAAAAAAGAAAAAUAGCAAAAAAAUGCAAGUGAUUUUUUUUCUAUCAGACAGCGGAGCACCCCUUUGCUUCCCAUGCAACUUGAAGAAGGUUUGCUAUAUUAUACAUAUAUAUACGUUCUGGUUGGCAAUCUAGCUAAUCAGAGAAAGUCUCUGCAUGUUCUAGUGUUAGUAACUAAUUUUUAUAUAGUUAAUGUAGGGUAAAGUAGAGUGCAUUAAGACACAAUAUUGUAAUCCCUAAUCCAGGCACUUGCCUUUAAACUAUGUUUGUUCGGCCCUUCAGAAGGGUUUCUACUACUGUCCUAUACAAUCAAGUAAACUGAAUUUCUUGGGAAGACACUUUGCUCCUCAUCUUUUCCCUAAAACUAAUUUUUUUUGUUUUGUUUUCUUGAUUUGCACGAAACAAAAAAAAAUUCCAUAUCAAUGUGCCUUGCCCUGGAUAGCGAUUAUUUGUGGAAUUGUUGCACAUGUUCCUAUAUUGAAAGGGGUUUUUUUCCCUCGUCAAGCAUUUGGAGACACUUUUUUGUAAAUGUGACUUUUAUGUCAGCCAUUGUCAGUUUCAGCAUCUUAGAAUUAAGUAGAAUGUUAGUGGUUCCACAGAGAGGGGUAGUGUUUUCUUGUCCUGUAUGGUCAGUGGCAGUGCUAUUCUAAGAUCUGUAGAUGCUAGAUUAUCAGUAUUUUUGAUGUUGCUGCAUUUUACAUUUUAUUUGGCGUCUUCCUUUUGUUUUUUUUGUUUUUUGUUUUUUUCCCAGAUAUAUGAAAAUAUGCAAUACCUGCUUAUAUCAUGUAGAAGAAAAGCUUAGCAAUUCUUAAUUUUUCUUUAACUUUUUUUUUAUUUGACCAAAGUCAGUGCUGCACUUGACGCAGUGUGUUUUAGGUGUUUGUCUUUGUACUUUUUUUUUUUUUUUGGUGAUUUUUGAAUGCACACGCAGGAAGGGCUCUUCUUAGAGAAGCAGUCAAACUGUGAAGCACUAAGCUGAACCCUGCUUCAAGCAAUUUUUGUUUUACAACUGUUCCUUUCACAAGCAAGCCUUAAAAAAACCUCCCUUUUUCUUCAGAUCCCACACCCAUUUUUAUUAGCAGAUUGCAAUCAAGCCACAUUCAAUAAAAAGUAUAUAAUGCCCAUUUUUAUAUGCACGUUUUUAAACUUCCAAGUUCUGAAAAUUGUUUACUGGUUAUUCUCUAUUUAAGGAAAAUGUUUUGGAUUUUCAUAUAUGUCAAAUAAGUGGUUGAGUAGUCAUUUGCUCUGUUGUAUUGUGUGAUUGUUAGUAUUAUGGUAUCACAUCCACUAGCCAGCAUCCUUUGCCUUCCCUAUAGCACUUAGCAGGGCAUUACCUUAUUAAGACAUAUGUGCACUAAAAAAUAAAAAACAAAAAAAUUAGCAGCUUUCAGUGCUUCACAGUGAAGGGGAAAAAAAGCCUAGACAAACAUUUUGUCAGAACCUUGCUAUAAGCCAAGGUAUUACCAGUAAAUUGGUUGUAUAUACAACAAAAUUGCACCCUUUUUUAAAAAAAUAAAAUAAAGCAAACUAAGCAAUAGUUUGGGCAGUUAGUUGUUUUUAGUGAGCAUGUCGUAGUCAUGGCCGCAAAGAGAGAGAAUCAAAGCUGCCCACUCAGAAGCGAUGUAAUUUGUAUGUUGUAUAGUUUUAUUGAUCACACUGAUUUAUUCUACCCUAUUUUAUAAUGCAGGACUUUUGUAAUGUUGUUUAAAUGAGGAAAAUUUCUGUCAAAUUAGCUUAGUGGAAUUUCUGAUUGUUCGUUAUAAAGGCAGCAUUCAUAGAAUUGCUUUUUUUCCUUUGGGAACUGGAUUUAAGUUAAAAACUUUCCUGUUUCCUUUUUGUAUGUAUUUAAAUACAGUUAUUUUUUUCUUCUCUCAAUAGUAUAGCAUAUUCCUAUGCUUGAGAAGUAUAGGCUACUGAAGAACCAUUGUAAAUGGACAUUGCAGAUAUGCUGUAUUUUUGAAGGUGUUUUAUCAUAUUAAGUUUGAAGAUGGUAAAGUUAGGGAAUUCUGAUCAGAAUUGCAUAAAACAAUUGUUUUAAAGGCUUUAAAUGUUAGGUAGGCGGUCAAGGGUGUUUACCAACAGGGGUUGUAAAGUAUUAAAUACACUAAAUUAAAUUUUGGUUCUUCUUAUGAUCAUGCAGAAACACGGCAGUUCAGAUCUGUUCAGGUGUGGAGAGCAAACAGAGUUUUAUUCCUCAAACUAGAGCAAAGACUGGAGAUGUGAGGGGAGACAACUGCAUGGGGUGUGCAGUCUACAAAAGAGAAAUAAUGCUGGGUCACACUUCAGAAUCAGAUUCGCAUGUGCAUUGCCCAUUUCAGAAUUGUUUUUUAUACUUUGCUCAGACAACUUUGUUUUCUGAUUCUUUCUUCUGAAAUGCCAGACUCACAACACCAACUUCUGCUACCUUCUCUCCUCCUCAAAAACAGUACUCUUCGUGAAUUGAUCGCUCUAGUAAAUUGUCAUACUCUUGACCCCUUUUCAAAAUAGGACUUUAGCUUGUUGUCAUUCUGCACACCCCUGCAAUACUGUAUUUAUUCAUCUUAUUUUGCCUAUUUUUAGAAAUGGUAGGCUAAUGUCAGUCACGGCGAUCUCUCCCACUUCUUAACGGUGAACAGAAAAGGAAUAGAAUGUUUUUUCUUCCUUCUCCACACUAUUCAGUUAGCCCACAGGAAUAUGCAAAAACCCUCUACCUAGUUUUCUUUCACUAUUUCUUCUUUGUUCCAUAUAUUUUGCAGCUUUGUAGUAACAGUGUUAAAAUUUACUGUACACAAACAUUAAAACACAAGACAACCCAGACACAUGGCAUAAAACAGGUUUUUCCCUUGUAUUUUUUAAAGAAUGUCACUUCAUCUUAUACUUUGCAUUGUGUCUCUGGAAAUAUCUUUUUUUUCCAUGAUUUUACUUUGGUAGAAGGCCUCCAUAGAACAAACAGUGCAAGCCACAACCAGCAUGAAAAUGUAAGGAGAGCUUCAAUGGCACCUAAAGGAAACUCAUCUCUCAUGAGUUCUACUGGGGGAGAUCUCAUGAACUGAACUCUGCCUACCAGGCAAGGUUUCCAUCAAAUUAAGCUUACAAAGCUAAUUUUGUCUUGAAGUCAAUGCAUGUAUUACUGUUUGACAGUAAAACCCGGAUAUGCCACCAUCAAGUCCAAGGCUGUGCAAUAGUCUAAUUAGUAUCGAGUACAUUUCCCUUUUAUUUUUUCCAAUAAAAAAGCAGUGGGAUGAAAAUUGCUUUGAUAUAUAGCAGGUAACAUUGAAGCUAUUCCAUAGCACUUAACUGUAGUGAAUCCUGUGUCACCAAUUCUGAAAUCAAUUUAAUGUUUAAUGCAAAUCCAUUACAUGGUGCUAUUACAGGCUGGCGAAAUGAUUUACAAAAAUGUGACAACUUGGGCUCAAUUCACUCUGCUUUCCAACAAUGUAAAUGCAUAGCAGUGUUUAUCUGCAUGAGAACUAUGCACUAAUAUAAAUCUGAAAAAAAGAAAUAUAUCAACUUUGGUAUCUAGUUUCCGUUUACUUCAAUCCUUGCCUUUUUGGUCAUUAUUAUAAAUGCCAGCUUUAGGACAGAAAGAAAUAUAAGAAAACCAGCAUAAUACCUGAUAUAUUAAAAAUGUAGUGCCUGUGAAAUCUGUAUUAUAUUGCUCUUCUGAAGUAAGAUUUUUCUACACCAGUAGCCUUCGCUGUCUGUCAGAACCUUCUGAUAUAGGUGAUGUAAAAUAACCGUACAAUAUUAAUGCAUGCUAUUCCAUAAUGCUUAGUGAGCUGUAUGAAUAUUACUCAGAGUUAUGUUAGUCUUUUUUUCUGACUUGGUUCUUGUCAGAUAGGUUUAAAGAUAUUUCACUGAGAACACACUUUCUGUUUUUUUCUUUAUUUGGGGUGUUUUCAGUAUUUUGGAGAUAUACAAUUAACUUAAAAUUCAGUAUUAUUUGUGGGGGGGGGCAUUCUUUAUUCUUGAGGGCAGGCAUGGGGUUUGAAAUCAGAAAUCCAUGCCUGAUGGUAUUUUUUUUAUUUUUUUUAUUUUGUUCUGCUUAAAGCAUCCAUAAGAACUCUUAAGAGCUUAUCUCAGAAGAAAAAAAAUCAGACAAAGUUUCUGUGUAAAGGACAAUUCUCAAACUUGAAACUGACAUUGAAAGUGGUUUCUUAAUGGACAGUGUUUCAACCAGGUACCCAUGCUUGGCCCUUCUUCACACCAGACCUCUUCAUAUUAAAACAAACUUUUGAGAACCUUUACGAACCUGGCCUCUUAUGGCUAUUUCGUUUCGUGCACCAUUGCAUUUUUUUUUCAAGACUCUGUAUAAACUUUGGGCCCGAUUCAUGAAUGGUCACUAGGCAUUAACAUAGGAUUUUGGUUUCUGUUUUUUACCCAAAUUAGAAAACUAACCUUUCAAGUCCUUCAACAUACUUUUCGCAAGAAUUCAUGACCAUCACAGCACUACACGGAAGAGGAUUAUGACUGCAUUGCAUUGUAGUGCAGGGAGGCAGGGUAAGCCUUGGCCCCAAGCAUAGCACUCAUAAUUGGAGAGGAACAAGGGGAAAGACCCAGAUGAUGCUAACUGGACGAGAACAUGCUUAACUUCAUGCUACUGAAAUAAGAGGCAUUUAAAUGUUGAGCAAAUAUUAUCUUGGUCACAGCCAAAUCAACUACUUUGUACAUAGGUUUUGCACUUAAUACUUUUUCAUAGUGCAAGCCAGUGUGCAAUCCACAUUUUCACUAGAUAAUCCAUCUACUCAAUCGUUUGUGCCUCAAAUCAGUUCAUUUUUUUUCAAAGGGAAGGGUAGAAAUCUAGAAGAGAAUAGCCCUGUUCUAGACAAUUGGGGUACAAGAGGCAUUCUAUCUUAAUGUGGUGUGGGAGAGCACAACUAUGAAUAGAGCAAUGUGGCUGAGUGGACGGUCCCUCACCUGUACCUUCACUUUUGUUGCUGCUGUAAGAAGGCAGGAAACUGUGGUGUUGCAGUUAUUUUGCAGGCUUGCAAAAUAUGUUUGUGGGAACAUUCUGCAAUAGGAAUACCCACAAUGAACCUGCUGUUAGCUUCUUUGCACAAUUAGGCAUUCACCAGCUCACUUGCUCCAUUCUAACAGAUACCUUGGUUUCACUUUUCAGUUUGGUGUAACAAAGCACUUGCAGAAAAAUUGCUUAACUUCUGUGUUAAUACCUUUUUUAUGAAUCGGGUCCCUUGUACCUCUAGUAUCCUUGUACUGACUCUCACGAUUAUCAUUAUAGUUUUACUGUGUUCUGUGAAAAUUUGCAAUUGGUUGAGAAUCACUGUGGGCAUCCAUUCUUUUUCAACUAAAUCUCUACAGGUUUUUUUGAGCUGGUGUGGAUUAGUUUAACUCUUGUAUUCAACCAUUAGUGCUACCACCCUCUCACAUUACAAUACGAUUACUGGAAGCAAGUACUGCAUUUCCUAUGCAACAAAAAAGGAAAAUAAAAAAUUGCUAAUGCUAA